AUGUUGCUGGCGGCGGCGCGGCGCUUGGGCCGCGAGCUGCCGCGGGCCGGCGGCUGCGCGACGCGGGGCUGCAGCCGCCGGGCGGGCGCGCAGGGCCUUGUUCUGGGAACCUACUCAAGUGGGAAGGAUGAAGGCGCUCCCCAGCUCACGAGCGCGGGAGAUGCUUUCGAUAGACUCGUAUCCGGCAGGCUGCGAGAGCUGCUGUCGCUUUGUGGGCCACCUUUGAAGAAAGGCAAAACACGCAUAUUCCACGGUUUACAUCAGGACUUUCCAAGUGUGGUUGUAGUUGGUUUGGGUAAGAAGAAUGCUGGAGUAAAUGACCAGGAAAACUGGAAUGAAGACAAAGAAAACAUUCGGGCAGCUGUUGCAGCUGGAUGUAGGCAAAUCCAAGAUUUGGAGAUCCCUCAUGUUGAAGUGGACCCUUGUGGAGAUGCUCAGGCAGCUGCAGAAGGUGCUGUACUUGGACUGCACGAGUACAAUGAGCUGAAGCAAAAGAAGAAACCUGUAGUUACUCCUCAGCUUCAUGGAAGUGGUGAAGAUGAAGCCUGGCAAAAAGGCGUUAUCUAUGCUGAGGGUCAGAACCUCGCUCGGUACCUUAUGGAGGCUCCAGCUAAUUUUAUAACGCCCAUCAAAUUUGCUGAGUGUAUUGAACAGAAGCUAAGACGUUUCAGCAGCAAUGUGAAGGUCCACAUACGACCGGAGUCUUGGAUAGCAACACAACAGAUGGGAGCAUUCCUGAGUGUAGCUAAGGGUUCAGCUGAACCUCCCAUCUUCCUGGAGAUCCACUAUUUAGGUGCUACUAAUACAAAUGACUCUCCACUGGUGUUUGUAGGAAAAGGAGUUACAUUUGACAGUGGUGGCAUUUCACUGAAGCCUUCAUCAGGUAUGGAUGCAAUGAGAGCAGAUAUGGGAGGAGCAGCAACUGUGUGUUCAGCCAUUGUGGCAGCAGCAGCCUUAAAUCUACCUCUUAACAUAAUUGGUUUGGCACCCCUCUGUGAAAAUAUGCCCAGUGGUAAGGCGAACAAGCCUGGGGAUGUAGUUAGAGCCAAGAAUGGAAAAACAAUACAGGUUGAUAACACAGAUGCAGAAGGAAGACUGCUAUUAGCUGAUGCGCUCUGUUAUGCCCACAAUUUCAAUGCAAGGGCUAUCGUGAAUGCAGCAACAUUAACAGGUGCCAUGGAUGUAGCAUUAGGGUCUGCUGCGACUGGAGUAUUCACAAAUUCAUCUUGGCUUUGGACUCACCUUUAUGAGGCCAGCAUUUUGACAGGAGACCGAGUUUGGAGAAUGCCUCUCUUCGAACAUUACACGAAACAAGUAACAGAGUGUCCUCUUGCAGAUCUGAGCAACAUUGGAAAAUACAGCAGAGCUGGAGGAGCGUGCACAGCUGCCGCGUUCCUGAAAGAAUUUGUGACUGCCUCUCACUGGGCUCAUCUAGAUAUAGCUGGUGUGAUGUCCAAUAAAGACGAGGUGCCCUAUCUUCGAAAAGGCAUGGCAGGACGGCCCACGAGAACACUAGUAGAGUUUGCAGCUCGAUUAAGUCAAGACAAUCAAAAUGCCAAAUAAAAUCAUAGUUCUAAAAUUUUCCACACUGCCUUAAAAAACCAAAAAUACUUCCAGUGUAUUAACAGGUGAAUGCCUGAACAUGUCUUCACUAUCUCAAUGAAGUGAAAAUACUUUUAAAACCAUUACUGGGAAAGAGCAUCUCACACUGAGAGAUGUGUCUUCCCAUGUUGUUCAGUUUAAAAUAAUUUAAACAGAUUAUUUGAGAUACUUAAUACCAAAACAUGAUCACUGAAACCAUCUGAACUCCGAUUUAUAUGUAAAGUAAGCGUAAUUAUUGCAGACAAUAAACCUCUCUUUGUGUGUG